CUCGCAGAUAGUAAAUAAGCCAGGAAAGGCUAGGGAAGCGCUGUCUCCAUUUUGUCGGGGUCCGCUGCGCCUGCGACGUUGUGGAGAUGGGGAGCGUCCUGGGGCUGUGCUCCAUGGCGAGCUGGAUACCAUGUUUGUGUGGCAGUGCCCCGUGUUUGCUGUGCCGAUGCUGUCCUAGUGGAAACAACUCCACUGUAACGAGGCUGAUCUAUGCACUUUUCUUGCUUGUUGGAGUGUGUGUUGCAUGUGUAAUGUUGAUACCAGGAAUGGAAGAACAACUGAAUAAGAUUCCUGGAUUUUGUGAGCAUGAGAAAGGGGUCGUCCCGUGUAAUGUUCUGGUUGGCUAUAAAGCGGUUUACCGUUUGUGCUUUGGCUUGGCCAUGUUCCAUCUUGUCCUCUCUCUGCUAGUGAUCAAAGUGAAGAGCAGCAGUGACCCGAGAGCUGCAGUGCACAAUGGAUUCUGGUUCUUUAAAUUUGCUGCAGCAAUUGCAAUUAUUAUUGGGGCUUUCUUCAUUCCAGAAGGAACUUUUACAACUGUGUGGUUUUAUGUAGGCAUGGCAGGUGCCUUUUGCUUCAUCCUCAUACAGCUGGUCUUACUCAUUGAUUUUGCCCAUUCAUGGAAUGAAUCAUGGGUUGAAAAAAUGGAAGAAGGGAACUCAAGGUGUUGGUAUGCAGCUUUGUUAUCAGCUACAGCUAUGAAUUAUCUGCUGUCUUUAGUUGCUAUCGUCCUAUUCUUUGUUUAUUAUACUCAUCCAGCCAGUUGUUCAGAAAAUAAAGCGUUCAUCAGUGUCAACAUGCUCCUCUGCCUUGGUGCUUCUGUAAUGUCUAUACUGCCAAAAAUCCAAGAAUCACAACCGAGAUCUGGUUUGUUACAGUCUUCAGUCAUUACAGUCUACACAAUGUAUUUGACAUGGUCUGCUAUGACCAAUGAACCAGAAACAAACUGCAACCCAAGUCUGCUAAGCAUAAUUGGGUACAAUACAACAAGCACUAUCCCAAAGGAGGGGCAGUCUGUCCAGUGGUGGCAUGCUCAAGGAAUCGUAGGACUAAUCCUCUUUUUAUUGUGUGUGUUUUAUUCAAGCAUCCGUACCUCAAACAAUAGUCAGGUUAAUAAACUGACUCUAACAAGUGAUGAAUCAACAUUAAUAGAAGAUGGUGGAGCCAGAAGUGAAGGAUCACCAGAGGAUGGAGAUGAUGUUCACCGAGCUGUAGAUAAUGAAAAGGAUGGUGUUACUUACAGUUAUUCCUUCUUUCACUUCAUGCUUUUCCUGGCCUCACUUUAUAUCAUGAUGACCCUUACCAACUGGUACAGGUAUGAGCCUUCUCGUGAGAUGAAAAGUCAGUGGACAGCUGUCUGGGUGAAAAUCUCUUCUAGUUGGAUUGGCAUCGUGCUAUAUGUUUGGACACUGGUGGCACCACUUGUUCUUACAAAUCGUGAUUUUGAUUGAACAGGACUUCCGGCAUGAAAGUCCCAUUUUGAUCAUUGCUUAUUUGAAAUUAACAGUAUUCCCAACUUUUGUAAAGUUGUGUAUGUGUGGCUUCCCAUGUAACUUCUCCAGUGUUCUGGCAUGAAUUAGAUUUACCGCUUGCCACUGUAUUCAUUAUAUUCUUGCCAAGCGCAUUGAUACGUGUUUUAGAAUGAGUUACAAAGGGACAGUUUUAUGAGUAUGGUGGUGAGUUAGGAAAAGUGGACAUUGUUAGGUUUAUCUUUUGCUCUGUACCUGUGAAAAUAAAAGUGAAAACCAAACUGCUUGACAGUUUGAUUUUUAAAGUAUGUUAGAACUUAAGCUUUUUCAAAUGGAAAUGUAUGGCUGCCUUUUGAAAUAUGUGAUGCCUUGUCCUACAGGAGAUUGCAAAGAAUGUGGCUAAAGUUGUAUAAACAAGCCACUUAAAUGCCAGUUGUCUGAAAAAUCUUUUUAGGUUUUUCCCUUGAUAGGAAGAUAAGGAACUUAUUACAGGUAGGGAGUGGUUGUUGGACAACAAUGUAGGUUAUGAUGGAGAUUGAGACACAGAGCCUUCAAAGAAAGUCAGAUUGGUGAUGGUGGGUACUAAAUGGAAUACCCAGUUAGGCUGUAAUCUUCCCUGGAUAGGGGUGGCCUUCCUUACCAACAUAGUGAACUUUGUUUUGGUCUUUAUAAACACAUGCAAAAGUAUGGGUUCAAUGGAGAUGUUAGGAACUCUGAAGGAUUUAGACAAAAGUUU